AUGUCUACAACCACGACAAUAAUAGAUGGUAAGAACGAGUCUGUUCCUUCAUCAUCCAUGAAAGUGGGCAAGAAAUCUGUUACUGAGGACCUCGUGACAACAUUCAGCUCACCAGCAGCAUGGCUUCUUGUUGUUGCUCUGAUUGUUACCUGGUCAGCAGUAGCUAUUGUAAUGUUUGACUUGGUGGAUUACAAAGCCUUUGCAGGAAGAUCUGUUCACAAGCUCAGCACAGAGCCAUUGAGAAUCAUUCAUGAGGCAUUGGAAGAAUCCACUGAUUGGCUUUAUGGCUUUUUUUCUUUACUGUCUGACAUCGUAUGGAGUGAUGAUGAUGACAGUGAUGAAGUGACACAUAAAAACAUACUGGAAAGACAAGAAAAACCUGAAAAAAAGGAAAGACAUGCAGCUAUUCAGAAAGAGAAACCUGAAAAGCCAGAAAAACAUGAAAAGAAAGCACCUUUUAAAGUAAUUAAAAAAGACAAACCUGAAAGACACGAAAAAGCUGAAAAGAAACCUCCUCCCAAAGAGGAGAAGAAAGUAAAGAGCACUAAAGUGGAAUCAAAAGUUAAAAAGGACGUGAAGGAUGGAAAAGGAGAAGCAAAGAUGGCUGAGAAGGUCAAGCAGGCAGAGACUAAAACAACAGAAGUUGGGCUAAUAAAGGCCAAACCGAAGGUUAAGGAGGAGAAAGCUCUUCAAACUGUAACUAAAUCGGAAAAGAAAGGUAAAAAAAUCCAGGAGGAAACAGACGAAGAUCUUAAAAAG